AUGCUCCAGAUCCACAUCCCGGGCAGACACACCCUGAUUGUCCGGGCCAUGAUUGACUCUGGUGCCUCCGGCAACUUCAUCGACUACGAGUACGUCGCCCGCCACGCCAUUCCUCUGAGGAUCAAGGACUGGCCGAUACUGGUGGAAGCCAUCGACGGGCGCCCCAUAGCAUCGGGCCCCGUCGUCCACGAGACGCACGAGCUGAUCGUCGACCUGGGAAACCACCGGGAGGUGCUGUCCUUGGAUGUGACUCAGUCCCCGUUCUUCCCCAUCGUCCUGGGGGUGCGCUGGCUGAGCACCCACGACCCCAACAUCACCUGGAGCACCCGAUCCAUCAUCUUCGACUCCGACUACUGCCGAUUCCACUGCCGCGUGUACACCCCCAUCCCCGCCUUCCUCGCCCCUGCACUGCCUCCCUUCUUCUUCGCCAUCGAGGCUUUCCGAGUGUACCAGCCCGUGAGGUACUACUACGUGCAGAACGUGUACACCCCCGUCGACGAGAACGUCUACCCCGACAACCGCCUCGUGGACCCCAACAUCGAGAUGAUCCCCGGAGCUCACAGCAUCCCCAGCGGCCACAUCUACUCGCUCACCGAGCCCGAGAUGGCAGCUCUGCGGGAGUUCAUCGCCAGGCACGUGAAGGAUGGUCUGAUCACCCCAACCAUCGCGCCCAACGGUGCCCAGGUCCUUCAGGUGAAGAGGGGGUGGAAGCUGCAGGUUUCCUACCGCUGCCGCGCUCCCCACAGUGUCACCAUCCAGAAUCAGUACCCUCAGCUCUCUGUUCCAAAUUGGGAUGACCAGGCCCACCUGGCCACCUACGCUGAGUACGUUCCUCAGAUUCCUGGAUACCCCGCCUACCCGGUCUACCCGGCCUACCCCGUCGGCUUCGCCUGGUACCCAGUAGGAAGAGAUGGACAUGGACGCCCGCUCUAUGUCCCCGUGAUGAUCACCUGGAAUCCCCACUGGUACCGCCAGCCUCCGGUACCCCAGUAUCCUCCGCCGCAGCCGCCGCCGCCUCCUCCGCCGCCGCCGCCGCCGCCCUCCUUCAGCCUGUGA